AUGGGAUUUCACAAUUCCAAUAAUGAAUUUGACAACACUGACCACCUCAUGCUUACUAGAAAGUCCAGUUCAGGUCGCCAAAAGAUCCCAAUUGAGAAAAUACCAAAGAAAAGGCAUCUUCAAGUCACCUUCUCAAAGCGUCAUUCUGGACUCUUCAAGAAAGCCAGUGAGCUUUGCACGCUCUGUGGUGUUGAAAUCGCCAUCAUCGUUUUCUCUCCGGCCGACAAGGCCUUCUCCUUCGGCCAUCCGGAAGUGGAAUCCAUCGUCGAUCGUUAUAUCAGUCCAAACCCCACGUCAGAAUCCGGCGCUCACCCUCUAGUGGAGGCUCGCCGGAAUGCAAACGUCCGGGAGCUCAACAUGCAGCUUACACAGCUUCUAGGGCAACUGGAAAUGGAGAGGAAGCGAGGAGAAGAACUGGACCAGGUGAGGAAGGCGAGGCAGAGACAGUUCUGGUGGGAAAACCCUAUUCAAGAAUUAGGGUCUAAUGAGUCCCCGUUUUGA